AUGAACAGACGUGAGGAGCGCCUACUCAAUUCCGCCACGUUCGGUACCACCGGGUCACAGCUUCCUCGACGUGGCGGCUACGGACAGCAUCGAUAUGGUGGUGGCGGAAGUGGUGGAUAUUCCGGUUACGGUAACUAUGGCCAACGUCGGCCAAUCGGUGGAAGCUAUUGGCGAUCUGGUGGCAGCGGUAAUGCUCCGCGAAACGUCAUCAACCCAGGUCAUCCACUUUCUGCAACCAGUAAUGCAACGUGA